GAUCACUUUUGAGGGGGCCAGAGUAGGUGGGGGUGGGCUCCCCUCCAGCCCGGCAGGAGCCCUGGCCUGUCGGCAGUCUCCCUCCCAGCCCGGGAGGCACACACGUUCACCCCACUUUCUUCCUCUUCCUCCUCCGGCCCACUUUCUCUUCUCUGUGUCGUCAGAGCUCCAGGGAGGGACCUGGGUAGACUGAGAAGCCGGAAACAGCGGGCCGGGGCAGCUACUGCUUGCACCGAAGAGGAAGGCCAGAGAGAGGGGGAGAGAGAGAGAGAGAGAGAGAGAGAGAGAGAGAGAGUUUUGUUCUCUCUCUGGUGGUGGUGGAGGAGGAGGGGGUGCCUGCCGGGCAGCCCCGAACUCGUGGACAGAGCUCCAGCCCCAUGGGGCCUGGCAGUGCCUGCUGAGAGGGAGAAGACAGCGGAGGGGUUGCCAAGGGGGCUGGAGGCCAAAGGGGCCCUGGGCCUGGCCAGGCCGAUGGACUCAGCCUUUUUAAGCACCCUCCAAACCCCACAUCAUGUCUCUGUGGGGUCUGGUCUCCAAGAUGCCCCCAGAGAAACUGCAGCGACUCUACGUCGACUUCCCCCCACACUUGCGGCAUCUCCUGGGAGACUGGCUGGAGACCCAGCCCUGGGAGUUCCUGGUCGGCUCGGACGCCUUCUGCCUCUCCAUGGCUAGCGCUCUCUUUUCAGCCACGGUCAAGCGCCUCCAGACCUCAGCGGGAGAGCAAGGCGAGGGGAGCGCCAUCUUGCAACCCAUCAGCACCCUGGAGAGUGUAUAUCAGAGGGACCCCCUGAAGCUGGUGGCCAUUUUCAGACAAAUUCUUCAAGGGGAGAAAAAAGCUGUUAUGGAACAGUUCCACCACCUGCCAAUGCCCUUCCACUGGAAGCAGGAAGAGCUCAAGUUCAGCACAGCCCUGCAGAGGCUGCGGCACCGAGUGGAGGAGGCCCACCGUCUCCGGGACGCCCUGCAGCAGGGGCCUGAGGCCGGCCAAGUGUCUUUGCACAGCUUGCUGGAAACUCCUGCCAAUGGGACAGGCCCAAAUGAGGCGCUGGCCACGCUGCUGCAGGUGGCCGUGGGGGAGCUGGAGGCAGCCCAGGCCUUGGUGCUGAAGAGGAUCCAGAUCUGGAAGCGGCAGCAACAGCUGUCAGGGAAUGGCGCACCCUUUGAGGAGAGCCUGGCCCCGCUGCAGGAGAGGUGUGAGAGCCUGGUGGACAUUUAUUCCCAGCUACAGCAGGAGGUAGGGGCGGCUGGUGCGGAGCUGGAGCCCAAGACCCGGGCCCCGCUGAUCAGCCGGCUGGAUGAAGUCCUGCACACCCUGGUCACCAGCUCCUUCCUGGUGGAGAAGCAGCCCCCCCAGGUUCUGAAGACCCAGACCAAGUUCCAGGCAGGGGUCCGAUUCCUGCUGGGCCUGCGGUUCCUGGGGGCCUCAGCCAAGCCUCCGCUGGUCAGGGCUGAGAUGGUGACCGAGAAGCAGGCGAGGGAGCUGAGUGUGCCCCAGGGACCUGGCACUUCUGCAGAGAGCACAGGAGAAAUUCUCAACAACACCGCGUCCCUGGAGAACAGCAUUCCUGGGAACUGCUGCUCCGCCCUCUUCAAGAACCUGCUUCUGAAGAAAAUCAAGCGGUGUGAGCGGAAGGGCACCGAGUCGGUCACUGAGGAGAAGUGUGCUGUGCUCUUUUCCACCAGCUUCACGCUGGGCCCUGGCAAAGUCCCCGUCCAGCUCCAGGCCCUGUCUCUGCCCUUGGUGGUCAUCGUUCAUGGUAACCAAGACAACAACGCCAAAGCCACCAUCCUGUGGGACAAUGCCUUCUCGGAGAUGGACCGUGUGCCUUUUGUGGUGGCUGAGCGUGUGCCCUGGGAGAAGAUGUGUGAAACUCUGAACCUCAAGUUCAUGGCCGAGGUGGGGACCAACCGGGGGCUGCUCCCAGAGCACUUCCUCUUCCUGGCCCAGAAGAUCUUCAAUGACAACAGCCUCAACGUGGAGGCUUUCCAGCACCGCUCUGUGUCCUGGUCACAGUUCAACAAGGAGAUCCUGCUGGGCCGAGGCUUCACCUUCUGGCAGUGGUUCGAUGGCGUCCUGGACCUCACCAAACGCUGCCUCAGGAGCUACUGGUCCGACCGGCUGAUCGUUGGCUUCAUCAGCAAGCAGUAUGUCACGAGCCUUCUCCUCGGUGAGCCUGACGGAACCUUCCUCCUCCGCUUCAGCGACUCAGAGAUUGGGGGCAUCACCAUCGCCCACGUCAUCCGGGGCCAGGAUGGCUCCCCACAGAUAGAGAACAUUCAGCCAUUCUCAGCCAAAGACCUCUCCAUUCGCUCCCUGGGGGACCGGAUCCGGGACCUCGCUCAGCUCAAAAACCUCUACCCCAAGAAGCCCAAGGAUGAGGCUUUCCGGAGCCACUACAAGCCUGAACAGAUGGGAAAGGACGGCAGGGGUUACGUCCCAGCUACCAUCAAGAUGACCGUGGAAAGGGACCAGCCUCUUCCCACCCCGGAGCCCCAGAUGCCUGCCAUGAUGCCCUCUUAUGACCUUGGGAUGCCCCUGGAGUCUGCCAUGCAGCUGGGCCCAGAUGUGUCCCAAGUCUACCCGCCGCCUGCACACUCUAUUCCCUACCAAGGCCUUCCCACAGAGGACUCAGUCGGGGUGUUGUCAGCCUUCCCGGAGACUCGCCUGCAGAUAUCCCCUAGCCUGAGCCAAAUGAACCUGCCCUUCGUCCAGCCUCACCCCUCCCUGCUGCAGUGCCAGCCUCAGGAGCAUGCCGUGUCCAGCCCCAAGCCUCCGCUGUGCUCAGAUGUGACUAUGGCAGAAGACAGCUGCCUGGGCCAGCAGGUGGCAGGGUUCCCCCAGAACACCUGGCCCAGUGAAGACAUGUUCCCACCCCUGAUGCCUCCCACGGAACAGGACCUCACCAAGCUUCUCCUGGAGGGGCAAGGAGAGGCAGGGGGAGGGUCCCUGGGACCCCAGCCCCUCCUCCAGCCUUCCCACUAUGGGCAGACUGGGAUCUCCAUGUCCCACCUGGACCUAAGAGCCAACCCCAGCUGGUGAGCCCAGCUGGAUGAGCCCAGGGAGACGGCUUUGCCACCGCCCUGUGGACCUGCCCUGGACACGGCUCCUGCUCCUGCCAAGCAGCAGACGGGGAGGCACCCUCCCAGCCCCACCCACCCUUUGGUCAGAAGGAAGACUCUGCUGGGAGAAUGCAUGGUGGGUGGAGCUGCUCCACUCCUUCCUUCCUACUGCACACCCCCAUCCAUCCCCUUCCAACAGUGGAAGGGAAGUUCUGGCUUCAAAGCAAGACAUGCCCCAACAUGCCUGCACCUGCAGCACACACAUGCACACACAGCUCUCUGGAAGGUGGGGCUGAGCAGGCGAGGCUGGCCUGGGGCAUGGGUUGGGGUGUGGAGGGCUCCUCUGCCCAUCCCAAGCCAGGGUCCACGACACACUUCCAGAGACGUGCACACGCACUGGCACUGGAGGUUGAGAUAGUGGGCCUGGGCCUGGGUCCUAGCCCUGGGGGAAUGGGGAAGCUGUUCAGGGGGGACACUGGGUGGAAGGACAGGAGGGCUCUGGACACGUGGGUGUUGACAAGGUUUUGCCCAGAUUAAGAAACAAACCCCAGCAGCCUCUGAUGGAGGCUUUUGGUCUAACAGUAUGCAGGAGCCCAAGGCCAAGUUCCUUUGUGUGCAGCUGCCCAAGUGUGUGUACCCAAGACAUGUUAAUGCAGAUACUACACGUCAGUUAUGUGACCACAUACAAUCUGUGCCUAUCUUGCUUUUGCCCAUGUUGACGACACAAAUUUGGGAGUACAAGACACUGCACAGGACCCCAGCUGUUGUGCCGGCUAACGUAUACUAACGCAACGUGCUGUGGUUCCAGUAUGACUGUGCCCAGCUGGGUCCAUGUGGCUAUGCCAGCUACAUGUGGCUGUAGCUUUAGGACCUCUGAUGCUGCCCUCAGGGGCCAGGGAGUGUGAGUCUUUGGUCCAGGCUUGGCCCUCCAUCGCUUCUUGUCUGUCCUGCCCCCUACACCACCAGCUUCUCUUCACUGUCCCAGCCUGGCCUGUCCCAUCCCUUCUCUCUCUUGGGGUGGGGAAGGGGAGUCAUAGAUCCUAAGCCAUAAAAUAAAUUUUAUUCCAAAAUAACAAAAUAAAUAAUCUACUGUACACAA